AGCCCUCCUGUGUUGGCUCUGGGCCCCAUGGCGCUCUGGUUGACCCUGGUCAUUGCUCUCACCUGCCUUGGUGGCCUUGCCUCCCCAGGCCCCGUCCCUCACUUUACAGCCCUCAAGGAGCUCAUCGAGGAGCUGGUCAACAUCACCCAGAACCAGAAGGGGGCACCUCUCUGCAAUGGCAGCAUGGUGUGGAGCUUCAACCUGACAACUGAUGUGUACUGUGCAGCCCUGGAAUCCCUGAUCAACGUGUCGGGUUGCAGUGCCAUCCAAAAGACCCAGAGGAUGCUGAGCGGACUCUGCUCACGCAAGGUCUCAGCUGGGCAGGCUUCCAGCCUCCACGUUCAAGACACCAAAAUUGAAGUGGCCCAGUUCAUAAAGGACCUGCUCAGACAUUUAAGAAGACUUUACCACCGUGGAAAGUUCGACUGA